UCAUUCCCAUCAACAUUAUAUUUGUUUCACAAAAAAUCAAUAUUUUAAUUAUUUAUUUGCAUCGUCAAAUAAUUUAUAGUUAAAUUAAAAAAUAGGAUAUUAAAAAGUGAGAUUCAGUAUUUUAAAAUUGUUUGAAAAUAAAUUUAACUAAUCUAUUAAUACUAUUCGGAAAUAAAUUUAGUUAGGUUGAUUUCAAAUAAUGGUUUUGCUUUAAUAGUACAGAUAUCUAAGAUUUUUGUCUAACAUAUUUUCUAUUCAUAUAUGUAUUGCUAAUUUCUAUGUAGUUUUCUAAAAUCUAUACUUCUUGUAAAUAGAAAAAAAUUGGUUAAUUCUUUUCAUAUACGAAUUUAGAAAUAUCAAUAAAUAUUCUUAUAAACUAAUAAAAAUCAUUAUAUUCAUUAAUUAAAAUGAUUUCUCAUAUUCAUAACUAAAAUUUAAUAAAAAUGUUAAUUUUUAUGUUCUUUUACCAACUGUUGAUUUUUAUGUUUAAAUUCUCACCAGAAAUUGUGAAAUACUUCUAGUGAAAAGUACACAGCCGAUUCAAAAUUGAUGGAAUGUUGCAGUUCAAUCCAAUAAUGUUCGAGAUAUGCUAAUGCUAUUUUAUAGGUUUGGCUCAGGUUUAUUUUGUAAGCUAAUUGUUUUUGGGCUUCAAAGUUAUAAUCUCUAAUAUAAAUUUAUUUCUUUUUGUUAAUUAAUAAGUACAUUUAAUCUUUCAACAACAACAACAAAAACAAAAACUAUUGAAAAACAAAAAGAAAAAGAAAAAAAGCUGUCAAAAUCUACGGGAUCCAAUAAUAAAAUAAACUAACAUAUUUAAAUGUAUGUAUAGCCAACCUAAUUACCCUUAGCCAAACAAAUCUGUAUACUUCCUCCUCAUAUAUCUAUAUAUUAUAAAGUUGAGAAAGUGACAACCAAAAAAAGAUCAAGACAGAAAAGGACAGAAAGAUAGAGCAGAAAUGGAAGAGACAAAAUCAAAAUUCAGGAGGAUCUGUGUCUUCUGUGGAAGCAGUUCCGGCAACAAGACCACUUAUCACGACGCUGCUCUCCAACUCGCCCACCAACUGGUGGAGAGAAAGAUCGAUUUGGUGUAUGGAGGAGGAAGCGUGGGGCUAAUGGGUCUCAUAUCUCAGGCGGUUCAUGAUGGUGGUCGUCAUGUCCUUGGAAUCAUUCCGAAGUCUUUAGCACCAAGAGAGAUCACCGGUGAAUCAAUUGGAGAUGUUAUAACAGUAUCGACUAUGCACCAAAGGAAGGCUGAAAUGGGUCGUCAAGCGGAUGCCUUCGUCGCACUUCCUGGUGGAUACGGGACAUUUGAAGAGUUGUUGGAAGUCAUCAGCUGGUCUCAGCUUGGGAUCCACACUAAACCGGUAAUUAAUAAAAAAAAAUUAGAUAUGAAAUUGUAAGCACAUCAUUCAGGCCGGUAAAUCCGGUUAUCCGACAAAACAUAGUUAAAGAUGUUUGUUAUGUCAUACAAAAACGAAGAUGUUUGUUAUGUGUUGAUGGACAGAGUAGAGAUUUUGCUAAAUUGUAUUUAAAAAACAAAACUAAACUCUUAAUUGGCUAUAUAUGUGUAUGUGUGGAAAGAGAAUCUAAGCAUAUGGGUUCAAGUCAUAUUGUCACAUGGAAUAAUGUCUCAACAAAAGAGUACCCUAAAAUCAUAUUGUACGUAAAUAAUUAUGAAUGGAUAUAAAUAUUGAUAAACAAGACAUAUUCAUACACUAAGAAACAUUUAUACAAUGUCAAAGAAGGCAAAAUUUUUAAAUAUUAUGCAUAGGGGUAUAUACAUAAUGUGAAGUUACAAAAAUGCAGGUGGGACUACUGAAUGUGGAUGGAUUCUACGAUUCGCUAUUAACGUUUAUAGAUAAGGCAGUGGACGAAGGCUUUGUCUCCUCCACGGCCCGCCGUAUCAUCGUCUCCGCCCCGACCGCUUCUCAGUUGCUCCAACUUCUGGAGGUUUAUUUCUUCUUCUUUUUUUUUCUUUCAUUAACUUUCAGUUCUGUUCGUAUACAAAUUAAAUGCGUGAAUCUCAGAAGAGGAUAUGAUUAAACUAGUUAAGUUUAUGUUUGUGGUUGCAGGAGUAUGUUCCAAAGCACGAUGAUUUUGUGUCCAAAAUGGUGUGGGACGAUAUUGCGGACGCUCCCACAUCUGAAGGCGGUUCGUGUUAGAUUUGCAUUACAUUAGUCCGCUGUUUCUCGAAUCUCAAUUUUUUUUGUCCAUUGGCCACUAUUCAAAAGAUUGAUUCCUUUAUGUAAUCGUAUGUCAUAUUUGAAUUCUAAUUAUUCAAACUAAAAAUUUAUUAUAUUAAGAAAUUUUGUUGAAUAGAAUAAAUAUCUGCCUUUCCUAUUUGUUUGGUUGUAUUUAAAAAACUAAUAAAAUUAAAUUAAAAAAUAGUGAUGCGAAACCUUCAAUAUUUGCCAUUAGGCAUAGCAAUUAGCAAACACCAUGUUUUACAACUAACGGGUUAGAUCAGUGGCGUUUAAGAAAUAACUUCAAGUUGGUCACCCAUAAUAUCUUAAAUGAUAAAAAUACUGGCUGAUUUGGCUUCGUGGGAUUACUCGGUUGCGCCGGAUCCUCACGGGUUUCUAAAAAAAAAAUCCUGUUUUACAGUUUGUGGCCACCCUAAUAUUUUAAAAAUAAUUAUUUUACUAU